GGUUAAGCUUAUUUCGCUUCAAUAUAGUCAAAUACAAUUUUCUGUCACAGUGAAACGACGUUUUUGAAGCAUACAGAGAUAAUUUAACCACUGUUCUUUGUAGAUUUAUCUAAGCUCUAGUGACGUGACAGGUUGAAGCUUACUGCUACGUGCUAGGCCUCCGAAAGACAGGCUUAGUUUUCUACCAGGAAAGUUUGAGGUGAACGGCGUAAAUUGAAAAAUGACGAGCCUGGACGUUGUGUAUGAGAAAAUUCACUUCAGGCACGAUCCAAAAUGGUCAGGGCGCUUGGGCCCGCCCGACCGGGGCGGAGUGAUCCUCUGCGUCGCCUGCGUAAUUGAAAUGAUGGAGAGUUGUGAUAUUUCGUCCGUAAGAAAGUCUGUGGCGCUAUCUGGGAUCAGCGGGGUCCUGAAGUUGAGCCCCGGAGCGCUACGGGCCCUGCUACAGCAAGACCACCGCGUGUGUCUGCACUUCACGGCGUCUCUACUGGGAAUGCUUCAUACUGUCAAGAACUCAGCCACGCUGGAACGGGUUGUUCAAGUGCUGGUUCAGCUGCUCCUGGAGUUGCAGAGUGAGGAGUAUGUACGCUACGUCCUGACUGAGAUACACACACAGCUGUGUGAGCAGGCCAGUGUGAGAGGCUUCCUCCCCACGUUCACCUUCCUGGGAAAGCUGCUGGAUGCUGUUCCCAACUUGCCCCACAGCCUGGCCCAAGAACAUGGUCCUCUCCUGGAGCGUCUGUGCUCGGCCCUGCUCUACCCAGACGAGGGACUGAAGACGUCUCUGUUCUACGUGUGGCAGCGUGUGUGCGGCACUGCUGGGGGGUCUGGGGGCGCUCCUUUCGGAGCCCAGUCCCUCCCCGGCCCCCUGAGAGAGCGUCUGUGUAUGCUGCUCCUGCAGACCCUGGAGCAGGCCUGCUGCCCCCAGCUCACCAUCAACUGCCUGGGUCUGCUGCUACAGCUGUUGAAGCUGGGAGAGGUGGUUUCCUUUCUGAUGAACAGCAAUUCUGACCAGGACCAAGACCAGGACCAGGAGACCAGUACCCCCCCGCUCUCUCUGCCUCUCAUACUGAAGAAGCUGCUGCUGAGUGGGGAUGAGGUGUUGCAGGUUGCCAGUGCCCAAUGCAUGGUGGCCAUCCUGGUUCACUCCCCGACUCAGUACUGUUCCCCUUUCAUCCUGGCUGACGUACCUGAGUUCCUGUUUGAGUGUCUGUGUACCACCAGUGAGGUUCUGCUGUGGUCUGUUCACAGCAGUCUGCUGAUGCUGACUGAAGAUCCUCUCUUCUUCUCCCAGUGUCACUCUGUUUAUGGUAUUGAGUCCCUGGUGUGUAGUCUGAAGCAGGUUCUGAAGAUGACCAACCUGGAGGUGCAAAGCCAGGGCCUGCUGCUGCUCAGUGAGGUCCUGGAGAGACAGCCCGUAGGAGUGCGUCUGUUCCCCAGCGGCCCGGCGUUCCUGGCAGUGGCUGAGGUGGUGCUAGGGGGCGUGGCCUCCUCCAGUCUGCAGGUGGCCACUCAGGCAGCACACACUGCCACUGCCCUGCUCAGGCUUCAGCACCAGUCCAGCCCAGUGCAGUACCAGGCUGUGGAGAGGCUGGUGAAGGUCAUCACAGCCAGGUGUGCUGAGCUGCCCCUACCCUCCUCCUCUCACCGCCCAGGCCCUGGGAGUCUGAAGGCCAGUGAGGCCCACAGCCAGGCCUCCGGGGCGGGGGGCUUUCUACUUCAGGCCCUGGUCUGCCUGCAGGCCGCCUGCAGGCUUGCGGAGCAGUGUGUGUCAGAGCCCGGGCUGAAGGAGAACGUGUUCACCGCUCCCUCGGGUCAGAGUCAGGGUCAGAGUCAGGGUCAGAGUCAGGGUCAGAGUCAGGACCCGCUCGAGUCUCUGUGUGUGUGUCUUCUGCACAGCUGUGACUCUGUCUGCAUCCCCACGGUCACUAGGCAGUGUGAGCGUUCUUCCAGUCCUCAGGUUUUGCAGUUCUUCUACUCCAUCCUGCUGUCCCAGUUCUCUCUGCUUCCCGUGCUCAUGCCCCGCUUCGCUGCCAAACUGGCCUCGUCUGGUUUCUACAGGCUGGCUCUGGAGAACAAAGCUGUCCUCUGUGUAGGAGGCAGGAACUCUUCUCUGAAUGUGUCGUGCAGUGUGUUUAUUCAGAAGCUCAGUGUGUGUCUGCUGUCCCAGAUCUCCCCGCUGCAAGACCAGGAGGAGGUGGAGAGUGUGUUGGGGUGCGUGCUGCCUGCUCUGUGUGUGCGUGUGUCAGACUGGCCCUCUCUGCUGGCCGAGGCCCAGGGGCCCCACACACACUCUGCUGGCCCCAGGGCCAUCCAGCACUGCCUGCUCCUGAUGCUGCAGCUGGCCCUGCAGCACGGAGACAGGCUGCUUCCUGACUCCACAGUGUUCUCCAGUGUGUGUGGGCUGCUGUGUUCAGUACAGCACCCAGGGCACGGCCCGCCCCUGCCCACCUGGGUGCUCAGAGCUGCCCUCUACCUGCUGGCUGCCACUCAGGACCGGAGCCCCCCUCUCUCCUGGGCUCCUCUGAACAGCAUCAGUAAGACCCUGUCCUCCAGUCCCAGCCUCUCCUCCCUCUACAUCCACCACGCCGCCCUCCUCCACUUCCUGUACCGCUACCCUGAGCUGGCCCAGGGCUUUGGAGCCCAGGUCCUGGAGCUGUGGCUGAGCUACCAGACCAGAGAGCCAGACCUGGCUCCAGAGCAGAGCGGAGUCAGGGUGCGUCUGGGAGCGUCUGGGAGCGACCAGGAGAGCGCUGUCCUGCUGGCUCUGAUGGAGAAGAACCCCUCAGUCAUCCUGACCAUGCUGGGCCUGGUGUGUACCAGGGAGGGGCCCCUGGCAGAGAGGGCCUUGGCCCUGCUGGGGGUGUUCAUGCAGGGCAGGGGAAGCUGUGAUGCCAGCCUGGCUGCGCUCAUCACUCCCACCCUGCUCCAGGUGCUGCAGAGGCUCACCCUGGAGGGGCCAGGCCAGGGUGUGGACUCUCUCUCCCUGGUACUGAGGUUGUUGUGUGUGACCCAGACCAGACGGGGUCCGGCUGACAGUGAUACGGACGGAACCCACUUCAAGCUGCUUUACCACGUCAGUAACUUGGCAGGGAAGUUGCAGCCCACCAACACAGAGUCUCUGCUGCCGGCCUUCACCUUCCUGCACUGCUGUCUCAGCCUGGCUCCAGCUCACUGUGGUGAUGGAGCUGUGUCCAUGUUGCUGAGCAAUACUGGACUAAUGAAUCAACUACAAGCUAUCCUCUCCUCCUCCCUCUCUCCCUCCCUCUCUCCCUCCCUCUCUCCCUCCCUCUCUCCGUCCUGUGCCCUGCUGUGUUGCGCUCGUCUGCUCCUGUCCUCCCUGGUCACCCUGCAACACACACACUCCAGCCAGGUCCACAAGAAAAUCAGUCUGAACCUGGAGAGCAUGGUUCAGACUCUGCUCUGCAGGAAGACCCACACUCACACUCUGCUGCUGGCCAGCUCUCUGAAGCUGAUGCAGGCGGUACUGGAUGUGGAUGUGUCUUCAGAGCUGCUGUGUGUGGCUGUGGUCCCUGGGUCUGGCUCCAGGCCUGUAGGGGGCGCUGACAGCUGUCUCGACCCCCUGGGCUCCUCUGGGGCCCUGCGCCUGGCCACCGCUCUCUACAGCCUGCUGCUGCAGAAGCAGCAUCUGGUGCUCAGGGUGUCUGUGAGCUGUCUGGGUUCUCUACUGGCCUACCUGCAGAGGAAGAGUCCUCUCACAGCCCAGCAUGUGGUGUGUCAGCCCUGGUGUCGUCUCCUCCUCCACUCUCUCCUCCACUCUGGAGAAACCUGCCUGCUACACCCUGCCAGUCUCACCCUGCUAAGCCUGCUGGUGGCAGCAGGCAGCAGUGUGGUGAUGUGGGAGUCAGACCUGAGGAAGGUGCUGGACGCCGUGGAGACGAGAGGUCUGGAGGAGCUGGGAGAGCAAAGCACACAGGCCCUCUCUCUGCUGCUCACACAGCUCCAGAGCAGUGUCCUCCACCCCUCACUGUCUGAGGAGCAGAGACGCCGGGCUGACGCUCUCAUGGAGUCCCUGCCCCCACUGCCCCCCACUCCCCUCCAUCUGCUGGCCACCAGCCUUCUGCAAAUUGAAGAGCUUUCCACCGCUCUGUCUGCUUUCACUGUGAGGAUGAACACUUCUACUGCAAGAGGAUGAACUGGCGUACAGUUUGGAUGGAAUCAAAUCAUUUAUUGAUUGCAAUGUGUUCCAUUUAUUUGUCUUGAUAUUGUUCUCAAGAAAUCUAGCCUUUUCUGAAGACUUGCCAUAGAAGACAAAUUAUAUUGUACAAGUAGUCUAGCACAGCAACGUAUUUUCCCUCAAAUGAAUGAAUAAA